GGCAAUUUGAAAAGAGCAGUUUAACAAUUCACACCUCUGAAAAAACGAAAAAGGACCCAAGCGUGAAAAUCAUUUAGUGUUUAAUUUUGAGAGACUUGUGUCGAAGAUUUUUGGAAAAAUUAUAUUUCAAAUAAUGGAUGUUUCCAAAGAAAACUGUCAAACAAUCCAAGAAAAAUUUGAGGAAAUGUCAAAUAAUGUCGCAAAGACACCUUCUAGAAAAUUGAAAGAAAAAUCAGAUCCGAAUACGCCAAAUGAAAUGCGGCAGACACCACGUCGUAGUACUCGCAAAAGUGUUAAACCGCUUCAAGAUUAUGGGGAAAUUGUAAGUCAGACAAUGCGAUCGGCCAAAAGAUCAAUCAUUUUAGAUGAAAAUUGCGAUGUUAAGCAUUCUGAAAUCGCUGAGGAACAGAAGCCUAAAUGGACACCCUCCGAUGUGGGCCGCAGAAGUUCUAAGAGACGUAGUCGAAAGAGUCGCCGCACUAGUAAAACUAAAGUGAUUGGCCUCCAGAAAACUAGCGAAUAUAGCACAACGGAGGAUGAAGAUAAUGAAGAGAGCAAAAUUAAUAGUGCAGGAAAGGAAAAUAAUUUGGGCAAAAUCUCAGAUGUCGACGAGGAAGAAGAAGAUGAUGAAAAUAAAGAGAACGAAGAAAGUCAAAAUAACGGGAAUGAACACACACAUGAUCACGACGCCAAAACAGUUCAGACCGUUGAAAGUUUUAACGUCGAUGAACAUAAUAUGCAGGAGAAAGAAAAGGUACUAAUUGAAGAAGAGAGUACUCCGACUAAUGAAAAUAUUUGUGAAAGCCAUGUCGGGAACUCUUCGCAAAUCCCAAUCCAAAAACAAGAAAACUUUGAUCCUUACUUAAAAACAAAGCAAAGCUGUGUCGCGGAAGAUUCGAAUAAGGACGUCGGCAAAACAAUUCAGACCGUUGAAAAUUUUGAAUUCGAUGAACAUAAUAUACAGGAGAAAGAAAAGAUGAUAAUUGAAGAAGAGACUAUUCGGACUAAUAUUCUUUUCAACGUGAUGAAAGGAGAUGAAAAAGGUGGUGAAUUUAAGCCAAAAGAAGAAUAUAUUUUUGAAAGAGAUGACGGGACCUCUUUGCAAAUGCCAAUCCAAAAAGAAGAGCAAAGCUGUGUCGCGGAAGAUUCGAAUAAGGACGUCGCCAAAACAAUUCAGAACGUGGAAAGUUUGAACGUCGAUGAACAUAAUGUACAGGAGCAAGAAAAAAUGAUAAUUGAUGAAGAGACUACUUCGACUAAUAUAUUUCACAAUUUGAUAAAAACGGAUAAAGAACACGUUGAAUCUAAGCCAAAAGAAGGUAAUAUUUUUGAAAGUCAUGUCGGAACCUCUUUGCAAACGCCAACCCAAACAAAAGAAAACUUUGGUUCUUAUUUGAAAAGGAAUAAUUUUGAUAUGAAAGAAUUAGGGCUAAAUCCUUUGGAAGAAGAGGCUGCACGACCGCCAGAGCAACCCCAGAAUUUGAUUUUGGAAGAAAUAAGUAAUGAACCCGAAAUGAGCCAAGAGGACGGUAAAACUGAAAGUGUCCCUAUGCUGGAAGAGGUUCAUGAUGUGGACAAUGAAAUGCCCUCUUUAAUAUAUUGCGAUGAUGACGACACCGAAGAUGACGGAUGUGGCAUUGAGUCUAAAAAGCAUAAUUCCACUGUCAUUGUUAUUGAAGAUGAAGAUGAACCAGCAGAAGACAUUCAAUCAUCGACUUUCGUGAAGGAUGAAACACAAACUUUUGAAUUAACCGAUGAUAAUAUCGAAGAUCUUACAAAGACACCAUCUAUACUUCCUAAGCCGGAUUUUACCGAAAAACAAACACAAACUCCUUCGACUUCUAAAUACGUUAAAAUGCCAUGCCGCUUCCCAACUCCACAUAGCAAUAAACUAAAUCCCUUUCCCAAUAAAAUAAGAAAUUACGAGGAGCAACAAGAUAGUCUAGAGACAAUUGUUCAUCCCACAGUCACUGUAACCGAACCUAAGGAGGCAGUUUUGCGGGGCAUACGUAAACGUUCCAUUUCACUUUGUCUUGACGGUUUUCCGACCAAUUAUAACCAACAAACUAAAGAUAAAUCCGUACGUCAACAAAAGGUAGUCGCCUUUCGCACUGUGACAAUUGAUGACUCACCAAAAGAGAUGAAAAAAAAGAAACCUAAUAUUGAUACUUUUACAAAUCUCAAGGAUAAAAAUGUUACUAAACGCCGUAAACGCUCAAUGUCGUUGGACGAAAUCAUAAAUCGAAUCCCAAAAUUAACAAGAACAGGACAAAUUACUCCUAAAAAAAAUGAGUUGACGACCACGGCCCGAACAAAAUUACCAAAUUUUGCUGCUAUACAUGAAAGGCAUUUCCAGAAAAUGGAAAGUCUAGUUGAUCAUGUUGCACGAAAAAAGGAGCGCUCCAAACUUUUAAUUAAUUCCGCGACUAAACAACAUCAACUGUCCGCUCAAAAGAUUUUGAGAGGAAUUCAAGCACCUAAAGCGACCAAUUUGACCACGGCAAUGAAUUGUGAUGCGAAUACCGAUCGAAUUCUUCGCAAACAACAUCAGCAAUUGCCCCUAGGCAUACGUGAUGCUCGCAUGGGUGUCGUUAAGCCUUUUUUAAAUGAUGAAGUAAUACAAAGUUCAGUAGGAAAAUCGUCUAAUGCCACUGCCACCACCGUUUCUACGGCUAAUAAAACAAUUAGCACAAAUGCGGAAAAAAGUUUGAAAUCGGAUCAAAAGACAGUUGGCCGUACAUUGUUGGCAAAAGCAAUCCCAUCCAAACCCCCAUUCAAUUUAUCUACGUCUGCAGGUCCAUCGAUGUCGAAUGGCUUACAAACAAGCGCCACUUUAAUGAAACAACAAAAGCAGUUAGAUAAGUCAUCUAUACGUUUGCAAAAACACAUGGACUUAUUUAAGAGUCGCAAGGCAACCAAACAAGACGUCAAGAAUGACGUUGUCAUAAGAGGCGUGCGUUCUAAUCGACGCUUCGAAUUGCAAAUGCAACAUCGCCGAAAUCUGGAGAAGUAAAUUUCUUUUUUUUUUUUGAAUCUUUAUAGCGUUCAUAUAUUCGCAACUUUAAGUUACUUGAAGUUGUUUUAUUUUAAUGCGUUUUCCUUAACUUUUUCGUUUUAUUUUUUGUAUUUGUUUAUUGCUUUUCAAAAGGUAACAUAAAUCAACUUUCCAUGAAUAGGAUUUAUUUGUAUCAUUAUUGAAUGUUUUUAUAUAAAUAUACUAAGAAACGG